UGAGCGAGAGGAUGCUGGUGGGGGGCGUGAGAAGCAUGCCCAGCCCCCUCCUGGCCUGCUGGCAGCCCAUCCUCCUGCUGGUUCUGGGCUCCGCCCUGUCAGGCUCUGCCACAGGCUGCCCGCCCCGCUGCGAGUGCUCAGCGCAGGACCGAGCAGUGCUCUGCCACCGAAAGCGCUUAGUGGUGGUGCCCGAGGGCAUCCCCACCGAGACUCGCCUGCUGGACCUGGGCAAAAACCGCAUCAAGACGCUCAACCAGGACGAGUUCGCCAGCUUCCCACACCUGGAGGAGCUGGAGCUCAAUGAGAACAUCGUGAGCGCCGUGGAGCCCGGCGCCUUCAACAACCUCUUCAACCUGCGGACGCUGGGGCUGCGCAGCAACCGCCUGAAGCUCAUCCCGCUGGGCGUCUUCACCGGCCUCAGCAACCUGACCAAGCUGGACAUCAGCGAGAACAAGAUUGUCAUCCUGCUGGACUACAUGUUCCAAGACCUAUACAACCUCAAGUCCCUGGAGGUCGGUGACAACGACCUCGUCUACAUCUCGCAUCGAGCCUUCAGCGGCCUCAACAGCCUGGAGCAGCUGACCCUGGAGAAAUGCAAUCUGACCUCCAUCCCCACCGAGGCACUUUCCCACCUGCAUGGCCUCAUCGUCCUGCGGCUCCGACAUCUCAACAUCAAUGCCAUCAGGGACUACUCCUUCAAGAGGCUGUACCGACUCAAGGUCUUGGAGAUCUCCCACUGGCCCUACCUGGAUACCAUGACCCCCAACUGCCUCUACGGCCUCAACCUGACAUCCCUGUCCAUCACGCACUGCAACCUGACCGCCGUGCCCUAUCUGGCCGUUCGCCAUCUGGUCUAUCUCCGCUUCCUCAAUCUUUCCUACAACCCCAUCGGUACCAUCGAAGGCUCCAUGCUGCAUGAGCUGCUGCGGCUGCAGGAGAUCCAGCUGGUGGGUGGGCAGCUGGCCGUGGUGGAGCCCUAUGCCUUUCGCGGGCUCAACUACCUACGUGUGCUCAAUGUCUCUGGCAACCAGCUGACCACCCUGGAGGAGUCGGCCUUCCACUCAGUGGGCAACCUGGAGACACUCAUCCUGGACUCCAACCCCCUGGCUUGUGACUGCCGGCUGCUGUGGGUAUUCCGGCGCCGCUGGCGGCUGAACUUCAACAGGCAGCAACCGACCUGCGCCACACCCGAGUUCGUCCAGGGCAAGGAAUUCAAGGACUUCCCGGAUGUACUCCUACCCAACUACUUCACCUGCCGCAGGGCCCACAUCCGGGACCGCAAGGCACAGCAGGUGUUCGUAGACGAGGGCCACACGGUGCAGUUUGUGUGCCGAGCAGAUGGCGACCCUCCACCAGCCAUCCUUUGGCUCUCGCCCCGCAAGCACUUGGUCUCGGCUAAGAGCAAUGGGCGGCUCACAGUCUUCCCUGAUGGCACGCUGGAGGUGCGCUACGCCCAGGUACAGGACAACGGCACGUACCUGUGCAUCGCAGCCAACGCUGGCGGCAACGACUCCAUGCCCGCCCACCUGCACGUGCGCAGCUACUCGCCCGACUGGCCCCAUCAGCCCAACAAGACGUUCGCCUUCAUCUCCAACCAGCCAGGCGAGGGAGAGGCCAACAGCACCCGCGCCACCGUGCCUUUCCCCUUCGACAUCAAGACGCUCAUCAUCGCCACCACCAUGGGCUUCAUCUCCUUCCUAGGCGUUGUCCUCUUCUGCCUGGUGCUGCUGUUUCUCUGGAGCCGGGGCAAAGGCAACACAAAGCACAACAUCGAAAUUGAGACUUCAGAAGGCCAGGCCUGAGGACCCCACCUGCACAGGGGGCCAGAGUUGACAGACGAAUCCAAAGCCGAUGAACCGACACACGGCAGAGUCAAUAAUUCAAUUAAAAAAAAAAGUUACAGACUUCCUCUGUAACUUGGGUUUCAAUAAUUAUGGAUUUUUAUGAAAACUUGAAAUAAUAAAAAAAAAAAAACAACUAUUUCCUAUAGCUAGUCGGAAUGCAAACUUUUGACGUCCCGAUGGCCCCCGGGGCCUUCUUCCAACUCAGUUUCUUGUUUUCUCUUUCUCCUCCUCUUCCUCCUUUCUCUUCUCUUCCCCUGUGGGGAGGGAUCACUCAGGAAAACAGGGAAGGAGAUUUCAGCCCCACCCUCUGGCCCACUCUGCUAGGCACCAUUUGGAGGCAUGGGUGGCAGCCCAGCUCCAGGGCCCAGCUCUAGCUUUUUGCAGAAAGUAGGGGAGGGGACAGGACUGCCCGGUGUGGGUAGGGCUUGUCUGCUGGCUGCCGGGCAGCACUGCCCAGGGGAGGUGGGGGCCAGGCUUGGGUGUGGCUGAAACAGGGACCGGCUGGGGUCCUCCUGGGGGGAACAGCACAGUCAGUGGAAAGAGUCAGGAGCCAGAGGCAGGCCCGAGUCUUCUCCUCUGGUCCCAGCUCUGCUGCUCACUGUUGUGUGACUCAAGCAGGUCACUGGCCCUCUCUGGGCCUCAGUCUCCACAUCUGUACAAAUGGGAACAUUAUCCCUGCCCUGCCUACCUCACAGGGCUGUUGUGAGGAACUGAUGAGAUGAUGUAUGUGAAACACU